AUGUCCUCUAAACUGUAUGAAGAUAAAGACUUUACUGAUUUCUAUCUAUGUGCUGGAGAUGGUAAAAUUGCCGUGCACAAAAAUUUCCUAGUCGCUCAUAGUGACGUGUUCAAAGCAAUGCUGAGUGGUCCGUGGAAAGAAGCAGAGGAAGGCAAAGUAAAUAUGGAGGGUGUAACCAUCAAUGUUCUUGAGCGGUUAAAAAGCUACAUGUACAAGGGCGACGUAUUCUUCGAUGAUGAUGAAGAGAUCCAAACACUGCUGCUGCUCGCACGAUAUUAUCUCAUCGAAGAUCUUCAAAAACAGUGCAUUAGAAUCCUGGCCGAAACAGUCAAGCCGGAAAAGUUAUUUUCACUCAUCGAAUUUGCAUGUCAGCACCAGAUUCCGGAGUUACCUUUUGCUAUGCUGCAGAUGACUCAGGAUUCUGUUGUCAAUGAAGCCUUCUCGAUUAAAAGUUCAGCUGAAUUUUAG